UUAAAACAGCUUUUGCUGCGGCACGGACGCGAAAGGAUUUUGCACUGCUAGUAAUUAGUCGCUAAAAUCGGAGUGGAUUAUGUUUUUCAUAAUUUAUCCAGAAAUUCACAAGGACGAGUAAGUUCGGUUUUACAACACCUGGAAGAGACUGCAGUGACAGCCAAGUAUAUCGUCGAUAUCGAAAGUUUUGUGAUUUUUCACACGGAAACAGAAGAAAAAAAAGUUCCACUUUGCUGUGUUCUCGUUGGAUACGUCAAGUAGCGAAAUACUAAAAAUAAAAAAGAAGUGAAAAAUGGGAGCCCUGAAGAAAAUGACACGUUGUGGUAGCAUAAGUACCUUGUUUGCUGUGCUAAUAGUGCUGUUCGGCGUCAGUUCGUCGGCCUUAACCACUUUCGGAAAGACAAAUACAAAUCAACAGGCACCACCGCCAACGCGGCCUCCAGUGAAGGCAAAGGAGUGCACCAGUCACGCGGAGUGCACGGCGAUACAGAACACGAGCUGUGUUAUGGCUGCAGAUGAUCGCAUGCGAUGCCUCUGUGGAGACUUCGAGGCGCCUGACAACGGCUAUUGCCAGGCCAAAUUCAAAGGUCUCCGUCACCUGUGCGCGGACACCUUGCAAUGCGACAUCGGGAUGAUAUGUGCGGUGGAGAACGUAACCAAAACUACGACACUGGUGACCAGUAAGACGUUCAUGACGAGCAGCAUGAUGAACAACAAUAACAGCAACUACAAGCUUUGUCUCUGUGAUAAAGAGCUUGGUUACUAUGAAGAUAAGCAUGACAUUCGCCACUGCAAUGGAGCCGUGUCCUUGCUCAUAUCAGGACCUCUAGUCCCAGCGUUGCUUCUCGUAAUUAUUUCUUCGAUGCUUAGAAAACUGCUUAACCACCCUGGCGGAGAGAGCAUGUAAGCGUAGUCGAUGUCGCUAGGGCGUCCUACAACCUUCAGCAGCUAAUCACUAUAAAUUUUCCAACAACCUCUAGAUAUAGUAACCUUUUAUGAUUCAAUGUAUCUCGUGUUAUAAAAAUCCAACAUGCUGUGCAACUUUUUUGCCUUAAAAGAACCAAGCCAGGUCAUUGAAUUUCACUGAAAUUUCCGUAUAAAACUAAGCCCAUUAAAGUUUACAAUCGCGUUAGAAUAAAGUUCGGAGAAAUAAAAAUGCGUUUGCCAUCGCUAUGAAUCUAACUUUAAGAGUAAUACAUGGUAGCUUUCGUCGGUGAUCAUUUGUUCUACGCACGAUCGCAAUGAUAUACUCGUACUCUAUGAUAUAAUGAAUCGCCUGGGAUGCAUAUCAAUAAUUGCUAUAUUUUAUUUUAAUAUUUAGGUUUGUGAUUUAACAAAUGAAUACGCGAGUAACUCGUGCGACUAUGUACAGCUUCUAUGUUAUACUAAUUCGUCUCGUUUUUUUUUUGAAUGUUUUUUGAUGUAAGUUCUGUAUUUUGCUGGUUUUUAAGCACCAAAAAAGUUGGUUUUUAGGCACCACCUUAAAAGCUUAAAAUUGUAAUAUCUCAGUUAAAAAAUAGGUAAAAUAUAACACUCAUAGAUGAAUGUUCUUUUGCAAAUGCAGCUACGCUGAAACUAAAAUUAAAAACUUUGUUUAAUAGGAUGUUAUUCUGCAACACUAAAGCUACUGUAUGCACUAAAAAAAAGGAAAAAAAAACACUCAUUCAUUCCCCGAUGUUUAUUAAUGUAGAUUGUAAGACAUACAUUAUUUUUCCCUGCUAUUCGGAAGGAAACGUGAAAUUCAUUUUUUGCAUGAAUAUAUAGUAUUAGAAACAUCACUAGGAAUGAACUCUGAAAACUUUAUAUGACAGAUCAUCGCUACAAUAAUCUCAAUCUCGUACGAAAUUCGGAGAUAAGGCAAACAAGGAAGGUUAUUAUAUAUCAAAAAAAUAUUCUAUAUUACAAAAUGUAUUUUCAAUAAAUAAUUUCA